GGAUUACAAAAAAGGACUGUAAAACGUGCAUAGAACUGUGAAAAUUUCCUUGGAUAACGUACGUUCUGUGUGUCCUAUGUAGUUCUCUAACGGAUGGUUUCUUUGCUAUUCUAUACAUUCAAAUUCAAAUAGGUUAUGUAGUGUUGAUGGUUGAUGUACAAGUGAUGAUUUUAAAUUAAUUUUCAAUUAAUAUUUUUCCAAAGGCAAGGCAUUGAACAUGUCCUCUCAAAAUAAAGAAACAAAGGAUGCAUCUCUCAAGGAACAUAAUGUCGAACUUUCAUCAAUUUUAAUUUCAAUACCAGAGGAAAAGCAGAUCAACAAGCUAUUGGGACAGCUUGAGUUGCUUGCAGACUAUCUACCAACUUUUGAUAUUUCAGUAAUUGAUGAGGAACUAUUACAGAUUGUCUUACCACAACUAAAAACUUCUUUAAUGAAAAUCUACAAUGAUAAUGUUUUACUGUCUGAUACAGCUGACGAUGAUUUUAUUUUGAGCAUGAUCAGAGAAAAUUUGAAGAUCUCACAUGGGUUCAUGAGCAUUUUAAAAUUGAUUCUUGAAUUUCUCUUGACUACAAAAGAAAUUUCUAUAAUGCAAAUCAGCAGUGUACCAAUACAUAGUGCUCAAAUAUUACUUGCAACAUUUAACCAUUGUAGACAAAGCACAGAACUCUAUAAACAAACAUACAAUAUAGAACUAUUGGAAUUAUUUCACCUUGCCCAAGAAAUUCAUUUACUAUUCCUAAACCUCAUGGAGGCAUGUAGUAUAGUUUCCGAUUUAUUAGAAAAUAAUCAAGAAUUGGACAUACUGACAGAAGUGCUGGAUAUAUUGUGUGAAAUGAGUCUGGCUUUGUGUGACCUGAAUCUCAAAUCUAUGUCCAAUAAUUGGAAGGGCUAUUUGGCAAUAGUGGUGAAAUUUAUUGAAUGCUUGAAACCUGUUUUUUGCCUAGAAACGCCUAUGAAAUCUCUUACACACCAAAUAAUACAUAAUCUUGCUUCUCUAGAUAUGUCUGAAUCAACAGAUGAAAAACCUACAUCUAAGAUUGUGACUGUUACAGGAUUUUUGAUUAAAGUGGUCUUGAAAGUCUUAGAUUUAUUUUGGGAUAUUGGCAGGACUUGUGAUCAAGUUCUUCAAUUUUGUUUUAUUGUUUUGAGUUACCAACCAGGUUUAUUUGAAACAUUUGGUUAUUCAUCUGAUGUAAUAAAUUUAAUAAAAUCUAAUGUUACUGUUGUAAUUGAUCAACUGACCUCCAAAAUCUACUGUGAAUUAGAUGGUGAUAAUAUUUUAAAGUGUUGCAGAAAUUGUGGUGAUGCGCCUUUAGGUGUUAUAAUAUUUUUGAACAACUACUUGAAUUUUAUUUUGGAAAACUUUGAUCAAACUAUGGAAAUGGAAAAAGAUGUUAUAUUGAAUGAAAUCAUCACAUUGUUAUUCCACUACGUCAGUGUGUGUACUUAUGAAUUACAUUUCAAAAGUGAGCAUGAAGGUGUCUAUGAUAAGCUAGUCAUAAAUGUAUCCAGAAGUCUGCUUGUUGUGAACAACUUGUAUUUGAACACAGAAGAAGUUCUUCUGAGAAAUGUUCUACAAGAGAACAUAUUUUGUUCAUUAUUAGCAGUUGAAGUGUGGGAUAUAGUGUUAAUUAACACAAGUGCUCAGUUUCAACUGGAGAUAAUCGAAAAACUAGUAAAAAUCUAUAAACAACUAAAUUUUGGAAUGAAUACUUAUAGACCUGAGGCUUUGCUUUUAAAAUUUUUAUUGAGAAGAUUAUUCCGUAAUUUACCAUAUCCUAUGAAAGUGUUGUUUACUCAAACACAUUCAUUUCAAGAAAGGACAAAGGUGUGGAAAGUGAUUGGCCUUGGAAGCUUUCCCGAGCAGCAAAGUCAUUUUGUUAGUAAUCUGUGUUUUGAAAUGAACAAAAAAAUCCAAGCUAUAGAUAAAGAUCAUUUUAGGCUUGGAGAUCUAAUAUACGUGGGUGAACAUUUGGAGAUCCUUUCCACCGCUAAUUUUAACAUACUGCCAUUAGAGCAAACCAGAAGUUUGGUUUCGACAAUCGGAGCUUUGUGGAGCCUGGAAUUCAACGAUUUUUCGAACAAUAUGUGGAAAUAUUUUAUCGUAAAAUUGCUCAGAAUAACGGCAACACUUAUCACAGAAUUCAGCGUGAACAAGUUAUUCUUGAUUCUUAAGGAACUCAAGACAUUAGCUGCCCAAGAUGACCUAAAAAUCGCAGUUUGUAACGUAUUAAAAGCAUUUGCCGAAAAAAAUUCUAACGAGCUAGGUCAGGACAUGUACAAAGUAUUCACCCUUAUUUCUCACGUUAUAUAUCCACAUUUAUUGAACGAUAUCAAUAACGUUGUGAAGCAGUAUGUAUUAGAAGUUAUCGAUCUGUAUUACCAAAAAAAUAAGCACGACAUUAUAGAGGAACUAAUGAAAAGUUCGAAGGCGAACCAAGAGGAACUGUCAGAUUACCUUGAAAGAAAAGUGCGAAAUGCUUCUUUUGAUAAAACGUAUUUCAUAACGCUGAGUAAACAAAUGUAUAGGCAUGAAUGUGUCAGUUGGAGAGAGGUGAUGGUUAAUCAACCCAUGAAGAAAUUCAGAGCUGAGUUUCCUGAAAUUGAGCCUAAUGUUGAAAAGGUUAAAGUAGUGAGGUCAAUAAAAGAACGGCCUGAAAGGAAAGUACAAGAAAGCAAUGUUCAAGAAGAAAUACUUUUUGAUGAUAUUGGCGAUGCUAUAGCAACACUGAGGAGCGACGUGAAAGCUUUAAGGAAACUUUUAAAUAAAGAAAAAAUGACUGCUAAGAAUGUUUCUGCUUUGAAGUUACUGACCAAUGAAUUGUUGUCGUUUCUGUAGAGUAUUUCAUAAGAUUAAAUUAUUUGGUAACUAUAACUGGUUGUUUACGUUGUUUUAUAAUUUUUGAUAAUAAAUCAUUUUUUGG